GCCGACCUCUAGAAAUUUCUGUUGCCAUUUGCGAUAUUAACAACUUUAAUGACGGCAUUACAGGUUCUCACCAAUACAAAAUCCAAGAUCUCCCGAUUAGUCAUCUCAAGAAAUUGAUAUGGAAUGAUAUAAAAGAAAGAGAAGAUAUAAAACAUGUACUUAAUGAAUUGAAUGCAUUAAAGAUGAAUGGAUUUGACCUUUUUUUGGAACAUUUUCCAAUUGAUCGCAAGCCUCCAACCGGCUGCAUCCAAAUCAUCGUAGAACCUCCCCUUCCCAUCAAUGGUAAGUUUCUCCAACAGGAAAGUGACUCUCCGGGUCCGCCAAACGACCCAUGUUUUAAACUGAAGAUGGAACCCUCUUUUUUCAAAAUAAGCUUGCCCGGCACCAUAACCAAACAAUCCUUCACAACGGUAGAUCUGUGUCUCCCUUCGUACGAAUCAAGAUCUGGAAUGAAUUAUCUCAAUCCCUUUUACAACGAUUACCAAUUUCAAGAAACGGUUUCUCUUGUGCAAAAAAAAUUGAUAACCCACCCGAAAGACAUAAUUGUUCUCGCUGGAGUUUCUGGAGGUGGAAAAACAUCGACAGCAUUUGGAAUCUCUAUACAACUUUGGUCAAUAUAUAUUGAUUUUUCUCCUAGCGGGGGGCAAUAUGACGAUUUUAUGGGCCGAGUGCUUGAAAGAAUCAGAGCUAAACCACCAAAAUACGGCCAACUUGAAGAACAAAGUAAAGUAUUUAACAUGCUGGACUUAGCAAUAAUCUCACGUGGGCUUUUACUUAUAAAGAUGCUUGUUCAAAAAAAAAUUUUAACAAAAAAGGAAUGGCUUUUUGCACAACUUCGAAUUAAUGUUGAACAAAUAGAAAAAAUCCAAGAUAGCUUGCAUAAUAUAGACGAUAUUUCUUCACUUAUUAAAUACAUCAAUGAAUGUCUUGGUGUGAACUCUCUAAUCUUAAUAUUUGAUGAGGCACAAGUCCUUUGUAGACCCGACUAUGGAGAAUAUAAUGAGGGUUUAUCAUUAGGGAAAAAAUGGAAUCUCUUGCAGGCUUAUAUUGAACAUCUCACUCAUCUUCCCGUUACCUGUCUUAUUGCCGGCACCUACAUGCAUAUGGCAAGUGGAAUUUCUCUUGUAACUAGUGUUGGAAAAGUCCAAAGUUUGCACGCUCAUAUUGUGCUAAAGCUCCCCUUCCUUUCACAAAAUGAUGUACUACGGAAUCUGGAUACCGUAAUCGAUCUAACAGAUGUUACACCUAAAACUCGUGACUAUUUGGGAUAUAUCCUUAGGGGACGACCUCGAAAUUGUGCAUCAUUUGUUCGGAAAUUGAUAUCGGAACGUGAAUUAAAGAAUAGAACGAAAGAUCAAGAGAUACAAGAACUUAUUUGUUCGUGGUUUGAAAGAAUGAGCCAUGAUAUGGCAAUAUAUUUGGAAAAUGCAUGUAAAUCAUUAGGUACAAAUUACUUCAAUCUGGAAACAGCCAUUAUAGAUGUCCUUAGACUUCGUGUUUUUUACAAUCAUAAGUUCAAGCAUGCUAUAGAACUACUUCAACACAGCAUCAUUCCUAGCCAGUCACCAGAAUGCAUAAUUCUUCGCCAUGACGAUACUUUUUAUAAUGAGAUUAAGAUCAACCCAUCACUUGAAUCUUACCUCGUCUCUGGCAUCGAAAAUUUUCUUCUAAAAAGAGGGAAAACUUUGGUGGAUGUCUUCGUAGAAAACAUUAUCCGACUCAACAAUACUUCAUCAAUUGGCAAUGAAUUUGAUGCAGCCUUUAUUACGGCAAUGAUCCAGAAACGUGGGCGUAAUGUACGAGAAGAACUUAACAAAUGGAAAAAUGGUCAAAAUUUUAACCUUCCUUCAUGGAUAACUCCCACGAUGAAGUUUAUGACAAUUUCGAAUCUGUCAAGAGGAGUUCCUGUAGAAAAAUAUGUUAGCAAUAUGACUUAUUAUUGUCCUUAUGCAAUCCAGCCAGACAGAUUCUCGGGAUCAGACGUGGUGAUCUCUUUUAUGGAUGAUGAUCAAAAUGUGUUACUAUUAUCAGCAAGCUGUACAGUUUCUGGGGAACCUAUUAAACGAAGUAAGAUUAAAGAUCAGGUUUUCAAGUCAUGUAUGAAGUUUCAGUAUAUGGAAAACACGAGAAUAAUAAGAAGAAAAAAUUCCCAAAUUGACGAUCACGAUGAAUUUUCUUGGAAAGAACCCGAGUGUCUUCGAAUAGGUAUUGGCCAAUCUUUACCAGCCAAUAAAGAGGACAACUCAAAAGAAAAGGUGGAAGAAUAUGAUCAAGACUUUAACCAUAAUGAUUUGGAUUAUGAUUUGGACUAUACAAAAAUUAUUAAAGACUACCGGAUAUCCAAGGUCUCUGAGCGUGCAAAAAAUCAUGAGAAAAUCAAAAUUUCCACAGAAAAUCAAAGACAUAUUUAUGUUUCAGUAGAGCUUCCACAUAGAGCUGGCAAAAGAUCAGAGCUGUUCCGAUUCAAUGAAUAUGGUGACCUUGUGAUUAUUGUAGACGAUCGUAAUAUGGAAUAUGUUUUUGGAUCA